CUUUCAAAGUCGUAGCUAAAUAGCAAUUCUGAAAGAAAAUAUUGCAUGAAUUGAGUGAAAGAAAUUUGUUGGUGCAAAUUAAAUAAAUAUAUAAAGCGCUGUGCAAAAGCCGAAACCAGUUGGUUGGAAAAAGAUAAAAAAAUUUACUCAAAAAUCGCGCUAUAAAUAAAAAAUUAAUUGUCACUCAACACUCAAUAAGUUCAACCUCAAAAUAAAUCAAACCAUUUGAGCUCAAUUUAAUUCAAUUCUCAUCUUCGUCACUAAAUCUAUACUCUAAUAGGGCGAAAAGUGAUAAAUAAAAAUUGUAAAAAAGGAAAUAACGGAACUUUAAGCAAACAGUAAUAAUAGUUGUCAAUCAGUGAGCAUAAACACCAUAACGAUUCCAGCGCUGAUAUCAAGUCCAACUUCAGCUCAGAACAUCUGCUAAGAUAGCACCAGCAAAGCGCACAGCAAAUUAAAAAGCGGCAGCAUCAUGACUAUGGCAGGGCAGACCAUCAACGAUCGGCUCUUGGCAGCGCGGCAUAGCUUGGCCGGUCAAGGCCUGGCUAAGUCAGUGUGCAAGGCCACCACAGAGGAAUGCAUCGGGCCCAAGAAGAAACAUUUGGAUUAUUUGGUACAUUGCACGAACGAACCGAAUGUCUCCAUACCGCAUUUGGCCAAUUUACUUAUUGAACGCUCACAGAAUACCAAUUGGGUGGUGGUAUAUAAAGCGCUGAUAACCACUCAUCAUUUGAUGGCAUAUGGCAAUGAGCGAUUCAUGCAGUAUUUAGCGUCCAGCAACUCAACGUUUAAUCUCAGCAAUUUUCUGGACAAAGGAGGGGUGCAAGAUGGCUUAUCGGCACCGGGUGGCAGAAUGGGCUAUGACAUGUCUCCGUUCAUACGACGCUACGCCAAAUACUUGAACGAGAAGUCACUCUCAUAUCGUGCAAUGGCUUUUGAUUUUUGCAAAGUGAAGCGCGGCAAAGAUGAGGGUUCCCUGCGGACCAUGAAUGCUGAUAAACUGCUCAAGACAUUGCCAGUUCUGCAGGCGCAGUUGGAUGCUUUAUUGGAGUUCGAUUGUCAGGCCAAUGACUUGAGUAACGGUGUCAUCAACAUGAGCUUUAUGCUGCUCUUCCGCGACUUGAUACGUUUGUUUGCGUGCUACAAUGAUGGCAUCAUUAAUUUGCUCGAGAAAUAUUUCGAUAUGAAUAAGAAGCAUGCACGCGAUGCUUUGGAUUUGUACAAAAAGUUUUUGGUGCGCAUGGAUCGUGUUGGUGAAUUUCUCAAAGUCGCUGAGAAUGUUGGCAUUGAUAAGGGUGAUAUACCCGAUUUAACUAAAGCUCCUAGUUCUCUCUUGGAUGCUUUGGAACAACAUUUGGCUACUUUGGAGGGCCGCAAAGUAUCCGCCGCUAAUACACCAACUCAGUCAGCAAGCAAUCAGAAGAAUGUUAAAUCCGCUGUCACUGCCUUAUCUUCCACCAGCUCAUCCUUCGGCACAGCUGCCGCAUCCAGCAAAUUCGACACGACCAAUGGCAUCGAUGAGCAAUUGAAAGCCCAGGUUUUGGCUGAAGAGGAGGCUGCAAUGAAUCAAUACAAACAGUCGAAGGUCUCUUCACCUACUGCAGGCGGUGCUGGUGCUGCACUAACAAAUCCAUUCUUAUCGUCGCCGCCAGCCAGUAGCGCUGGCGCACCGAUAGUCGAUCUGUUUGGUGCAGCUCCGGCAACGGCUGCCGGCUCGACUGGUGGCGCCGGUGCAGGCGGUGCUGCGGGCGGCACAAAAGCCUCCGAUGAUUUGCUACAAUUGGGAAAUCCAUUUGCUGAUAUGUUCGAUGCACCAGUCGGUGGUGCAGGCGCUGGCGGCGGUGUGACAGCAGCAACAGGUGGUGCACAGAAUGCCAAUAAUAUUUGGAUGCAUAAUAAUGGUUUCAAUGGCGCGCCUUCGGCGGCUGCUAACGCCUUCGUCUCGGACAGCAACUUUUCAUCCGUUUUCGGUAACACUGAACCAGCCGCGGCUGCUGCAUCCUCCGCCGCGGCGGCCUUGCCAAAUCCAUUCUUCGACACCAUGGAAGCGCCAUUCUUUGGCGCACAACAACAACAGCACCAGCAAGCGGAGUUUUCAACCCAUAGCGUCGCCGCCGCCGCUGCUUAUGUGCCACAGGGGGCACAAGCCGCGCAAACGCUCUUUAUGAACACAGCAACUAUGGUGGCGCCGGCGCCACAACAAUUCCCACCAGGCUUUGAUGCUUUGGGUGAUGUACUAAAACCUGGCAUCACUGCCACGCAUCCAGCCGCUUCCAAUCAAACAACUAUUGUCACUGCAGGUGCUCUGGGUAUGGCUGGUAGUCAGCAGCAGCAACUACUCACCCAACAACAACAGCAACAACAACUGUUUCAACAACAACAACAAACACAGCCAACUAGUACUGGCAAAAUACUCACUGGCGAUUUGGAUAGCUCGCUUAUGUCACUUGUAGAUAAUCUGAAUAUAAACAAAUCGAGCAGUGCAAAACCUGUGCAAUGGAACUCACCGAAAAAUACAGCGAAACCCGGUGCUAAUUGGACACCUCAACCAAUGGCUGCUACAACUGGUGCUGGCUAUCGUCCAAUGGCACAUGGCAUGACAGUAAGUCCUGCGCCUAUCACAAUCCAAAACCAUCAGUAUAUACACGCUAGUUAUCCUGUUAUACCAAAUUAUAUGCAGCAGGGAAUGCCGGUGAUGGGACAACCUAUGAUGGGCCAAGCCCCUUUGACUGGCGUACAGCCGACGAUGGCGCCAAUGAUGGCAGCGGCGCCGCAAGCGCUGCACAGUAGUGCGAUAACAAUGCAACCGCAAUCGAUCCACCACCAACCGCAACAACACAAUGGCAGUAAUAAGGGAGCGCCACCGGAUCCAUUCGGCGUAUUAUAAGUUGGCUAAAUUGAUCAGCCGGACAUGAGCAACACUAACAACACAACUACGAAUAAGCGCAGCAGAGCUGCUGCAUAGACGUUUGUGGCGCCAUCCAACAACACUAACAACACUUCGUAUAAUCAAACCACAUUUAAAACGAUGGCAGGGGGGUAUGGAAAAGAAAACAAAAAAGAAAAACAAAACAAAGUUUGCUAAAAUGGCUAGCAAAGCGCUGACAAGCGAAAGGGGCGUGGCUGUUAAGUGGGGGUGCAUAGUUAGCUUAGCUGUGUUAGAAAAUGUUGAUGCCUUCCAUUUGAAAGGGGACGCGUGCAGCCGGGUGCGUGUGGAGCAAAUUGUGCAUGUCAUUCAUAAAAAAAACAUAAUAAAAAAUUAUAAUAAUAAUAACAAGAACACGUUUGAAAUUAUAAAUUAAAUACAAUUGAAUACUAUUAUGAUUAUAUUACAUUAUAUUAUAUACAAUUAAAUGCAAGCAAACAUCAAGAGGAAAACAAAAUGUAAUGAUGCAGCGUUAAAAUUAGUAAAUAAACAAAGAGCAUACCAUAAAAUACAUUAUUGUAUUGUACUAUUUCUUAUAAAUAUAAUUAUUCUAUUGUAUUAUGUAACUGCAAAUACCAUUACCAAUCACAAAGAGCGUUCAUUGAAAUGCGUAAAUUAGUAAAAACAACAAAACCAACAAAGAGUUAUACAAAAUAAACGACAAAUAUAUAUAUAAAUUAAACGCAGCAUACUUACUAUUAUUAUCUAUAUAUAUGUAUACAUAUAUGAAAGAGAUAUUCGUAUCUAAAUAUAUAAACAUACACAGGUGUAUAUGAGUAAUGCAAAAACUUCUAUAAAUUAGUAAUGUAAGUGACACUCAAAGCUGGCACGCUAAUGUUAAAUUACCCCAAAUAAAAAAACAUAAAUAAAGUUAUAUACAGAGAAGCAAACGCAAAGAAAGUAGUUCAAAAACAAGACAAAAAAAAAAUAAAAAGAAUGAUGUGUUAUAAGUAAAAGGUACUAAAGGUAUUUGUUGUAGUUUGUAUAAUGUAAAGUUGGCGUCAAAUAUAUGUAUAUGUAUCUAAAAGCGUUAAUUUAUAAAUUAUAUAACACGCAAAAGUAGCAGCAAAGCGAAAAAUAAACGCAGCAGCAAAUAUAUAGCGCAGAACAAAGCAAAAACAAUUAUAUUGUCCCGUUGAAUAUAUGCAGAUUACAUUUGUAUGUAUGUGUAUACAUAAAUUAUGUGUGUAAAUAUAUAUAAAUAUAUAUUUGUAAAAAAUGCAGCAACCGAAAGUUCAAGUUGAUAAGCUAAAGAGAAACGCUAUAAUAAUUACUGUUGCAAAGUGCAGUGUACUAAUCAUAAACAUACAGCAUAUGUAUAUAAUUUUUUUUGCAUUUUGCAUGUAAGCAAAUGGCCACACAGCAUGAGACAUAUUUUCUUUGCAAAUAGCAGCCUUUUUUUCAAAUUCAAAAUAAUUCAAAUCAAAAUAAUUGUAAUGCUGAAGCGCUUGCAACGAAUUUAACUUUUACAAAAUUCAAUUUCUGACAGCGUGUAGCUUUUUGAAUGUGCUUGGAUUUCUAUAAAUCGUAUUGCAAUGCAAUUAUGACAAAAAAUCGUUGAGCAGCUCUGAUUUUGACGGUUAAAUUACGCAAUAUUUUUAUGGGGUUUCUUCAACUCCACUGAAUAUAUUCAGUAUACAAGUUUAGAAACCACUUUUAUGCUGAAUAUAUGUAAUCAGAUACAUACAUACUUACAUAUAUUAGAUACUUCUUUUAUGCUGAAUAUAAACAGAGGAGAUGAAGAAAGCUGAGAUAAAAUCACACAUUAAUUUGAGUUUGGCUACAUAAAAAUGUCAAAAUUUCUUCGAUGCUUGUGCUCAUCGUGAGUUCAAGCCGUUACAAAGUGAAAAUACAUGAAUGUGAACGAGAUUAAGUAUGCUGACUAAGUGACUUUGCUUUCUUUCUUGUCUUUAAUUAAUAAGUGUCAGUCAGGCUGACUCAAAAUUACUUGUUGACUACAUCCGGCACAUAAAGUUUAAUAUUAAUGACAUAUAAUCAAUUGAAAGCUAACAAAUGUGCUUGAUUUGCAAGCCAGUUAUAUAACGUCACCUAAAAUACAAAAUAACAUAACAGCACUUUUCAUAAGUUUACAGGCGAAGAAAAAACGAUGUAAUAUAACCCACUUAUAUUGAAACAAAAUUUUAGUUUUGGUUAUAAAAUGGUUAUAUAUUGGUUAUAUAAUAGUUAUGUAUUGGUUAUAUAAUGGUUACAUAUUGGUUAUGUCACAGUGACAGCUGAAAAAUUUAUGAUAUAAUAUGAAGUAGUGCAUCGUAAGCAAUAAAAAACUCAAUUUCGAUACUCUCAUGCUACAUUAUUUUGCAUUUUAGUUGACGAUAUGUACAAUAAACUGUUUACUUAAAUACCUUAAAUACUUUGUUUGCGGAACGACUGCGCAGCAAAUCUGUUCGCCGUAAAAACUUGUGGUUCUCUAAGUAUUUUGUCGACUCUAAGUAGACUUCUAUGUAUGUAUGUACCUUACUACUUCAGGAUUGGGUGCCUAAAUUAUACCGCUGUUUUAGAUUCUUUUUUGAAAUCACACAUCAUACUUGUGCCUGACUGUUCAUCUUCGCUGAUGUGUCUGUGUUCUAUUGCCUGCGUUCAAGCCUGUUAAAAAUUGUGUCUAGCGCAUAGUAGAUUUCUAAAAAAUAAUACAUAUAUACUAAAUCACUAGUUAGUUGCUACUGCAUCAAGCUGGUAGCGCUGUUGAUUUCUGUUCUCAAAAAAAAAAAAGCAUUCCAAAUUAAAAACAAAAAAAAAAAAACAUUGAGAGAAAACGUGCUUAAAACUUCGUCUGUUUGGUAUUAAAAAUAAAUAAAUUAUAUUAUAUAAAUUUAUUAAAUUAAAAAAAAUUAGUUAAAUAUUUUUUAUUACGUCAAGUUUUAAUUAACAUAAUUCUGCAACUUUUUUGUAUGCUUACGUCAUCGUUUUCAAAAAUAUUUGUAAAAUAUUUGGCGCUAAAAACUGUAGUUGCUCUUUGAAAAAGUUCUAAAAUGUGUGAUUUUUCCCCUUUUAAAUACAUUUUUUUAUUAUUUCAAAUAAUUAGUAGCACUGUGCAAAUGACGCAGCACAUAGUGAGUAAUGCGUAUAUUUAAAUGUUAAAAUUUAUUUCUAGUUUAUAUAUAAUAUUCGAGGGUACGCUAUGUAAUUAUGUUAAAUAUUAUUAUGUAUCUGUAUGUAAAUUUGCAAAUUUUGAUGUAAAUACAACAGAAAAACAAAACUCUUUACAAUUCUAUUUGAGAAGUGAGUCGUGGCAGUUGUAGAGAACGAUAAUUUAUAUUACCAUAAACGACCAAUACCAAUAAUUCUGAACUAUUUUGUGUAAGUUAAUUGAUAAUAACGAAUCGUAGCUUAUGAUUGUAAUGAUGAUGAUAAUAAAAAUAAACCACAACAAAAUGCA